GGGCCGCGGUGACUCAGAGCCGGCGCGGCCGGGGGUGAGCCGAGGUCUGUUGUGGGAUUUUUUUCCCCGGCAGGUUAUAAAUAGCCCCGCGCGGCGCCGUGUCACGGAAGGACACCCUGGCCGGGCGCGGGCAGAGGCCGCCGGCGCGCAGCCUCCCCCGGCCGGGCGGGCCCAGCUGCCGUGGCGGGGCCGCCUCCCGCCCGCUGUCCCCCCUCCCGCAGCACAGUUCACACCGCCGGCCCGGGCAGCCACAGCCCGGCCCCGCGGGGACACAGCACCCCGGCCCUGCCAGACCUCGCCGAGGCAGCAGGGAAGAUGAAGCCGGAACGAGAUACUUUGGAUGAAUACUUUGAGUAUGAAGCUGAGGAGUUCCUGGUAUCCUUGGCCCUGUUGAUCACGGAAGGUCGGACACCAGAGUAUUCCAUCAAGGGCAGGACAGAGGGCUUUCACUGCCCCCCAGCACAGUCGAGUCAGCCACCAACAACUAAGCAUGAAUGCAGCGACAAACUGGCCCAGUGUCGUCAGGCCAGGCGAACCAGAUCAGAGGUUAUGCUACUGUGGAAGAACAAUAUUCCAAUCAUGGUAGAAGUGAUGCUACUUCCAGACUGUUGCUAUAGUGAUGAAGGGCCCACCACCGAGGGGAAUGAUUUAAAUGAUCCUGCAAUCAAACAAGAUGCAUUGCUCUUAGAAAGGUGGAUUUUGGAGCCAGUUCCUCGACAGAGUGGAGAUAGAUUUAUUGAGGAGAAAACCCUUUUGCUGGCAGUUCGCUCCUUUGUUUUCUUCUCUCAGCUGAGCGCGUGGCUGAGUGUUUCACAUGGUGCUGUUCCCCGAAACAUCCUGUACAGGGUGAGCGCUGCAGAUGUGGACUUGCAAUGGACGUUCUCCCAGACACCCACUGAGCAUGUCUUUCCUGUUCCUAAUGUUUCUCACAAUGUGGCCUUGAGAGUCAGCGUCCAGUCCUUGCCCAGACAAUCGAACUACCCAGUUUUGACCUGCAGUAUCCACACCAACCUCAGCUUUUAUGAAAAGCGAAUGCAGGAGCGCAAGUUACAUCAGCACAGUGACUCCAGUGCCGCACAGCAAGGCAGUACUUCCAGUCCGCAGUGUUUCCGUGGGAAACAGACGUGGACAAGGACAUCUGAAGGCCUACUUAAUGGAAAAAAGAUGCCUGAAUUUACUACAUCUAUCAGAAAUUUAAAACUUUAUCCAUCUACCAGACUUGGAUCUGACUUCGGGGCAUCGCAGUCUAAAGUUCAGUGCUAUAAUGCUACAGCAGACAGUAAGACACAAUCUCAUGAAACACCGGUCAGAACUUUGAAAUCCUUUUCUCUAGUUGAUUCCCGUGUUUCAAAUAGUCAUUGCUCUCAUCAGCCCACAGGAGAAACCAAUCCUUUGAUAGGCUCUUUACUUCAAGAGCGACAAGAGGUCAUUGCAAGGAUUGCUCAGCACUUGAUUCACUGUGAUCCAGCUACUUCACCAGUUGUUGCUGGACGUCCGUUCAACACACAUGAGAACAUCUCGCCUACACCAAAAGCUUUUCGGAGUACUUAUGAAGAUGAGAACUUGCCAAGGAAAGGCAAGGAGACCUCCCCUGUUCCUACUGCCAACUUAGACAAUGCAAUACAAGAAGAUGGUGGUGAAGGCAAAACUAGAGCAGUACCAGAGGUCACACUGCUCGAUGCCCGUGUUCCAAUGAACCACUGUGGCCGUCAGUCGGCAGGAGAGAGUAAUCCCCUGAUCGAUUCUCUGCUCCAGGAGCGGCAGGAGGUGAUAGCAAGGAUUGCCCAACACUUGAUUCAUUGUGAUCCAGCUACUUCUCAUGUUGCUGGACGUCCAUUCAAAGUGCACGAGGCGAGUCCAGUUACUUCAAAAAUUUUCCGAAGUACAUAUGAGGAUGAAAAUUUGCUGAAGAAAGGCAAGGAGCCGUCUUCUGUUUCUUUUGCUAAAUCCAAUUUUUCUUUGUUAGAAGACAGCAGUAAAUCAGGGACAAAGACACCUGAUACUCCCAUCAGUCCUUCUAGGUUUGAUGGAGAAUCGAAGACUUCUCUGAAACUCCAAGCAAGAAGAAAAUUGGUUUUAGCAAAACCCAGUGAAGCUGUCCAAAAUGCAUUUCAUCAGACUCCAAAUAAAACUUCUCAUGCAUUUAGUAACAUUCACACAUCAUCAUCAUGUAUUAAAGAAAAUAAGUCUGAAUUUCCAGAUAAAUUGGAAACAGUACAUUCUGGUUAUGCACAGAAAGACCAGAUAACCAAUAGAGUUAAACAGAGUUCAAAUUCCAGCAGCAUUGAUGAACAGAUUUGCACAAAUAAACUUAAAGAAAGAACAGUUGUUUGUGAGAACAAUGGCACAGACAGUUUUAACAAUUUACAGAUAGAUAAAUGCAGAAUACUUGAAGGUACAAAAAAAGCAAACGUGAUGCCGGUAUCUGACUCUUUGCACAAAAAUGAUCUCAAGUGUUUAGAUAAAGACUCAAAAAACCCAAAUAUUUAUGAGCAAAAUACUCAGCUUAUUAGUAUUGAAAAUUAUUUAAGUAAAGACCAUGACAGUUUCAAAAGCAAAACCAAACAAGAUAAAACAAAAACUGCACAUGAUGAGAAUGAAGACCCAACAGGCCUCGAUUUUCAAAGCACUUCUCAGAAGAAACCUACAGAUGACAAUGUAGUAAAGUGUGAGCGGCAGAAGAACCCAGACAUACAGAAGGCACCAUCUCUAAAACACACAAAUACGUGGCGGAAGCAUAAUUUUCGAUCCCUGGAUGGAACUUCAACCAGGGCUUUUCAUCCCAGAACUGGGCUGCCUCUGCUUUCAAGUCCUGUUCCUCAAAGGAAAACACAGUCUGGGUGCUUUGAUCUGGAUUCAUCACUGCUGCACUUGAAAUGUCUGUCUGCAAGAAGCCCACAACAAUGUAUAAACAGAGACGAUGAUCCAGACAGCCAUGGGAAACCAUUUCUAAGUUCUAGUGCUCCACCAGUAACAAGUCUUAGCCUUCUGGGAAACUUUGAGGAGUCUGUCCUGAAUUUUCGCUUGGACCCACUUGGCAUUGUGGAGGGUUUCACAGCAGAAGUGGGAGCAAGUGGAGUCUUUUGUCCCACGCACAUGACUCUGCCAGUUGAAGUGUCAUUCUACAGCGUUUCAGAUGACAAUGCGCCCUCUCCUUACAUGGGUGUAAUUACUUUAGAGUCCCUUGGCAAAAGGGGUUAUCGGGUACCGCCUUCAGGAACAAUACAAGUGACCUUAUUUAACCCUAACAAAACUGUGGUGAAGAUGUUUGUGGUGAUCUAUGACUUGAGAGAAAUGCCAGCUAAUCAUCAAACAUUCCUACGGCAAAGAACUUUUUCUGUUCCUGUGCGACGAGAAAUCAAGAGAACUGUCAAUAAAGAAAAUAGUCAACAGACUGAAGAAAGGCUACUACGCUACCUCAUACAUUUGAGGUUCCAGAGUUCUAAAUCUGGAAAGAUCUACCUCCACAGAGAUGUAAGGCUCCUAUUCUCUCGGAAAUCCAUGGAAGUUGAUAGCGGCGCUGCAUAUGAACUCAAAUCUUACACUGAAUCUCCAACAAAUCCUCAGUUUUCACCAAGAUGCUAGCAAACAAUGGCAAACUAAAGUAUUCAUUUUACUGUUGAUUACUUCUUGCAAGCGAAGAUUGGUAGAGACAACAGUAUAAAGUUAAGUCUGUAAAGGAAGGAAAAUAGCGCUCAAGAGAAAGAAGGUUCUAUGUGAUCCUGGACCAGUUUUUAAAAGGUUUCUGGAAUGAGCUUUGUGUAUUCCAAGUAGACUGGAAACAUACUUAAAUCUAAUCUUUUUGUACUGUUUAAAACCACUUCAUUGGAUGUGUUGCAAUAGCAAAUUCCCAAGUUAGUUUAGUGUUUACACUUUUUAUUUUAUUUUUCAGUUAUUUAAUAUUUAAUGUUUCAUUUAAUACUCAAGUGAUGUUUGUCUUUAGUGUUCUAAUGUAGCAUAAAUCCUAUGUAAAAUCAUACUAUGUAUUUUUGGCAUUAAUAUUGAAAUCUGAAAUAUAUACAGAUGUCUUUAAUCUGUGUGCUGUUUUAAGUGAUAUUCAUUUAAGUUAUUGAAAAUGGGGACAACAGGUGAAUUUCCAUAACAUUUCAUACUAUGCAAGCAUUUAGCUCCUUUUUUCUCUUUAAUGGUAUCUGUUUCCAUUUUUUCUCAUAUACAGAUUUAAUAACACUUGUGACCAUAGUGCAGAUUGUUUAUUUACUUACUCAUGCAUUCGGAUCAUUAAUUCACAUUUUGCUCCCUCAAUUUCUUUUCUUUCCUUAAGGGCCAUUUUAAUUUUGCUUUCUGUUACUAGUUUUUCUCACAUAAAAUUCACGCCCUCCCCCAUUUGAUUUCUCAGAUUGUGUUAAAGGAUGUACUGUGCGAACAAAUUAGUAUUUAUAUCUUAAAUAUAUGCAAGAGCUAUGAAACUUGUACUUUUUGUUUUAUUUUUAGAUGAGAAGGAUCUUCAUGUAAUCCUAAAUAUUUUUCAUAGGUCAAUUCCAUGUAAGCCACUAGGUGGCCAUAGGAAGUUUUACUAGCAAUGCUACACUGGGAAUAUGAAUAUUUUCCGAUACGUAUGUGUAUUCCUGAAAGAAAACACAGUCAGAUGAACAGUUUAUGCUAAGUGUUUAACUGUGUAACUGAGAGAAAUAAAGUUAGAAGCAUUUGAUUAUA